AGACGGUUUCACACAAUUAAUUUUACAAGAUGCGAAUUUCACUUCCUGUGCUUCUGUGCCUUACUUUGGCUGCCUGCAGAAACAUAGACUAUCAGGAUGACUUUGCCAUGGGUAAACGAGAAGAUGGCGAUUUCCUCAUUUCUAAUAGAACGAUUUUUAAGCCUCCCAUUCCUUGGAAAGCUAUGAGAGCAACGAUCGGUAUAAGUGCCCCAAAAAAUGGAAUGCUCACUUUUGUUAAAAUCAGAAAUUUAAAAGAUCAACAGACAAAGUUUAUACCAAGACCAUAUAGUCGAAAACAUGUAGCAAUAAUCGUAGUGGGAAAGUUCGGAGAAGGAAUGCUUGUACACAUGGAAGGUUAUGCAAAAAGCAUUUUAACAACACCUGCUCCAAGCACGACUACUACUGAACCUAAUGAUAAAGACAACAGUAAAUCUAGUAGCGAAGAAAGUAAAAGUACAUCUGAAAGUAGCGAAGAAAGUAAAAGCACAUCUGAAAAUAGCGAAGAAAGUAAAAGCACAUCUGAAAGUAGCGAAGAAAACAAUGGCGAUGGAAACAACGCAUCCAACAACGGAAAUGGAAAUAAUUCAGCUGAAGGUGGCGAUGGAGGAAGCGCACCCAAUGCUGGAGAUGGAAACAAUUCAGCCGAAAGUGGCGAUGGAGGAAAUAGCGCACCCAAUACCGGGGAUGGAAACAACAACUCAGCCGAAGGUGGCGAUGGAGGAAAUAGCGCACCCGAUGCCGGGGAUGGAAACAACAACAACUCAGUCGAAGGUGGCAAUGGAGGAAACAGCGCACCCAAUACCGGGGAUGGUAACAACAAUUCAGCCGAAGGUGGCGAUGGAGGAAACAGCGCACCCAAUGCCGGUGAUGGGAACAACAAUUCAGGCGAAGGUGGCGAUGGAGGAAAUAGCGCACCCGAUGCUGGAGAUGGAAAUAACAACUCGGCCGAAGGUGGCGAUGGAGGAAACAGCGCGCCCGAUGCCGGGGAUGGAAACAACAACUCAGCCGAAGGUGGCAAUGAGGGAAAUAGCGCACCCGAUACCGGGGAUGGAAACAACAAUUCAGCUGAAGGUAGCGAUGGAGGAAAUAGCGCACCCAAUGCUGGGGAUGGAAACAACAAUUCAGCCGAAGGUGGCGAUGGAGGAAAU